CAAGUGCCAAAUAUUUCUGUAACAAAGGUCCUCUGGCAGAUCUUAGGAAUACGAAUUUGAGAAAGAAGAUUCAUUUGAUUACUAGUGGAAUUGAUGCUGCAUUCAAAGAACAUUUCUUAAGCCACUCAAGCUACCCAGGAGAACAUUUAGCUCAUCUGAAUUUUCAAAAUAACUCAACAGCUCUUAAAAUGGCACUGUUCUCUGGAAAUGGCACUGAAAAUUACAAUACAUUAUUUCUACAUAGCCACAAUGAAAAUAAUUUAAAACCAGCUCUUAAAUUACACUCAGUUGCUCAUUUUAAUUCAUUAAGUGGGUCAGUAUUUAAUAAUAACCAAAAUUACUUGUUAAAAAUACAAUUGCAGCAAAAUGCUGCUAAGACAAAAGAGAGCAACUCUUUGCAAUAUUUUACCUUAUUAAUCAAUCGGUGCAAAUUAUCUGAAGAAUAUUCUUCACAGUUCUGCAAAUACACAGAAUAUAAUUUUUCUGCUUUUGACCGAGCACAAAAGAUUAAGAGCUGCUUAAAAAUUAAGACAGUUGUAAUAAAAUAUUUAACAUGUUGUUCUCUGAAAUACCGCUCAAGAAAUCAGAUUACUGGAACUUACUUAUGGAAAAACCAGUCUCAGUAUCCUGCUAAAAAGAAACAAAUCUGGUUAAAAGAGAAUCUGAAAGAAUUUCCAAGAGAAACCGUAAAGAAAACUUGUUAUAUUCGGAAAAUCUCUUUUAAGAAUCGGAUUAGGAAAUGGAAAUUGAAAAAGAAUGAUCAGAAAAGUUUGGAAACAGAAGAUCCAGAGAAGAUAAAAUUGGAAAAUCUAAUGAAGUUGCAAAAGGAAGUGCCAGAGAAACUAAGCACGGAAGAUCCAGAGAGGCCAAGAAAGGAAGAUCUGAAAUUUAAAGAAUGUGACAAAGAUAAUAGUAGUCAAAGUACUGCCACUGAUGUUCAGAAUGAGAUAUUCUUCAGACCAAAUGACAGAUAUUCUGUUCAGAUCCAAGAACUACAAGAAGACCUUAAACUUCAACAUUUGGCUAAUUUGACAACAGAGUUGGAUUGAUUUAAUGUGACAGAAGCUUUUGUUUUUCUUUUUGUUUUCGUUUUGUCUAAAUUUCUUUAACCAACAACAAGAAUAUUUAUUUCAAAUAAUUAUUAUACGAGUAGCACCUUGUGGAAAUUCCAUGGUUAUUUUGAAAAUGGUAAGAUGGAAUCGUAUAAUUUUCUGAACCAUUAGAACCUUGAGAUGACGUAAAAGACCAUAUAAGUAAUAUUAAAGGUGCAAUCUCAAGAAACAUCUGAAAGAUUUUAUAUCCUUAUGUCUUCUAAUUUGUGAGUUGUCUGUUAUUUUUUACUUUAUGUUAAAAAGUAAACAGUAUUAAUUAUAGAGCAAAAUCAAAAACAUUAUCUAUCAUAUUAUUCUGUUUUACUACAUUGGUACAGUUUUAACAAAUGUUAAUACAGUUAUUUGGAAAAAAAAAACUAUCAUUCU